GUGCUGUGGUGCGCGCGGAUCGGAUCGGCCCGGCCUGGCCCGGCCCGCCCCCCGCGGGCAGCGCGGCCCCGCGGCCGAGAGCGCGGGCCCCGGGCGGCCCAACCGCCACGGGGGACCGGACGCCUCAGCGGGGAGCGCUCAACAGAAACCAGUGUGGUUCUUACGAAGAAAAACCACCAGUGAUGAUGCUACAGGACAGGUCUCACAUGAGGGUCCUCGAUAUGAAGGGCAGCUCUCUGCUUCUGUAGCUGAUGGGUGAGGACAACAGCUCAGUAAAAGGAGCUACCGAGAGCAGCAGGAUGAGUUACAGCUCACCCUCUGUGCAUGACUUGUAUCACAGCACCACCUCCCCCAUGGCUAAGUCAGACCUAGGGACAACUCUGGAUUUGACUGUACCAGAAACAGCUACCGUAAGUCCUGAGACUACCAGUUUCAACAGCACCAAAAUCCCAGAUGUGGCCAGCACUGGACCCAGCAUGAGCACGAUGCUGCUGUCCUUUGGGAUCAUCACUGUGAUUGGAUUGGCUGUGGCUAUGGUUCUGUAUAUCAGAAAGAAGAAGAGGUUGGAGAAGCUACGGCACCAGCUCAUGCCCAUGUACAACUUUGAUCCCACCGAGGAGCAGGAUGAACUAGAGCAGGAGCUGCUGGAACACGGGCGAGAUGCAGCAUCUUCCCAGGCAUCACAGAGCAAGCCUUUCUGAAAGACAGAGCCAGCAGCGAUGGUUGGAACAGGUACGUCUCUUUGCCAAUGAUGCAGCCUCUUCUUAGAGUAGACAUCUUCCCUUUCUUGAAUUCCUCUCCAUCUGCUCUGUGUCUUCCCUUGGUUUUCCAGUUCCAGGAACAGCUGUUCUUCCAAGCAAUCCUCAGUUUUCACACGUGUUACACUUUCAGAUAAUCUUUAGCAAACUUGGUGUGGGCAGAAAGGGAAAGAAGAGAUAAUUAAUACAACUGUAAUUGUAAAAUAUUUAUGUGGAGACGUGCUUCCUUACCUGCUGAAGAGCACACGGGAGAUGCAUGUGUUGGAAUAUGAAAGAUAGUCAACAUAUUCCAUAUACUGGUUUGGGACAGCAAGAAAUACUGUUGCAUAAAAGCAAAGGAUCUUGUUCUCUGUGCAGCACAUACUGGGAACACAUCAGAUAUAUUAAUGCACACAGAGGAUUGCCCUUUGGGUAGUAAAGGACAAGGCCAGAGUUAAACUUAGCACAGUAAAGGCACAUCCAUCCUUCAUAGGGACUGGCCAGCAGGAUACCUCAGAUCCCUGCAGAGCUUGCUAUUAAUAAUUCACAGAUACCUCUGCCUGGAAAGUACAUAAGUUUAAAGAAAUAAGAGGGGGAGUCUCAAACAAUCAAAGUUCAGUCUAUGGUAUGUUUCCAGGCCUUCUUAAGGUUUCAAGUCUUUUCAUGCUGCCUUGUACACAUUCAGGGUGAGGCGCAGUAAUCCAGUGAUGGGGGAAUUUUAAACUGGUGUGGAUUUGCUGACUUGCUCUCUGGCCUGUUGUAUUUUUCUGUCACGACCUUGUUAAUGCCACAUUACUCAGUCAGCCUCCCCUCAAUAAGGGGCAGAAUCUGGUUACAAUACUGUGCAGUCUCUGCCCAUGUACACACACCUGAGCAACGGCAACCUUGCUGGGUCUCAUCUUUCACUGCUUCAAUGCAGAUUCUGCUGACAAGUCAAGGAGCCCUCCAGAGACCCAGCUGUCUUGUGUUCACAGACGUUGCCAAUGCCAUCAAUGCAUGAACAAUACCUGCCCCUGCUCUGGGAUCGUGCUGAGACUGGGGAGGAUGAAGCCAACAAACCAGUGACUUCCCACAAGCGUGGCUGAUCCACUGAGCCUGGCUGGUCACCCCAUUGGUUUGUGUUACAAAAGGGCACAAGCACUGAACCCUGAAGCGUCUGUCUGCCUGUGUGUCCUUCAGGGCUGCAGGAGGGAGAGCGGGUGAAGGGGUCCCGGGCCACCUUGGUGUGCUGCAGUGCAGCGGGGGGCUGUCCUCUGCAGACCCUUCUGGUGGCCACCAGCCCCGAGUGCCACAGGCCAGCACAGCAGCCAGGGGCCAGCAGCAGAGCCUGCACGCAAGCAUUGGUGCUGAGCCAUGCACUGAUCACCUCCUGAUUUUUUUUGCAGUACGUGCAUUUGUCAGUCAGAUUGUAUUCCACCCACAGCACUAGUUAAAAGGGGAUCAGGGCAAGCUGAAAUCUGAAUGCAGAUCUAAAGGUUGGCUUUAUACAAGGAGACGUUUCACUGAGUAGCAAUUCAGGUACCAUGAGUUUUGUUGAAAGUUUGGACCUGCCAGUUAGGUUUUUUCUCCUAUUUAUUUUUCUUCCCCACUGUGAUUCCCCCCCUGCCCCAUAUUUAUUAAACGCAGACUCUUUUCUGGGCAUGUGCGGUGCAGAGUUUCUUACUAGCCCUAUUUACUUCACCGAUACAGCUUCCCUUGUGGCAGUUUUGCAGGGCUAAGUUACUUUAAUUUUUCAGUAUCCCUCUUUCUUUUUAAAAUCAGGGAGUUCUGGGAAUGUAUUAGGGCUAGGAGUGUCAUCACCUGUGGAAAACUGCCCAACCUCCAUACCCAGGAGAUGGGGCAGGAGGCACUCCCAGGCUGCUGGUGUUUGCACUCCAGGGAUACUUUGGAAAGAAGGUGUGUGGGUACAAAAGCUCAAUGCAAUCUGGCUGAGGUCGUCAGGAUUUGGACACUAUCCAUGGGUCUUCCCAGAGAUUAUGCCUACAAAACUGAGAAGCAAAUACAUUACCCCCCCCUGCACACACAUGCACACUUACCAUCUCCUCCAAGUGCUGAGGGCAGCCACAGAAGCGUUGGAUUUCACCCUCCACAGCUAGCACGUCCCUGCCUAUCACACUCCCACACUCUGCAGCAGGGCAAGGAUGCAAGCAGCUGCAGGGGUGCCUGGCUGUCUGAAAUCACGUUUCCCUUAGAACUCUUAGGACUGGAACUUCAUUUGCUGUUUUAAACUCAAUAAAAGGCAAGUGUAAGCUGAGCUGUUUCCUCAAACCAGCAGCCUACUUUGUGCUCUUUACCCAACUCCACGUGCUGCCUGGGCAGCUGCCAGCUCAGGUGCAAAAACAUGCACCUUGUUCCACGUUAAUGCUGAGAUGUAUUUUGUAUAACAAACACACCUACAGAGGAAUUCUCUUUAACCAUUCUUCCUGUACUGGUAGGCUUUGUCCUGUGAUGACUGCCCUUAGAUUAAAGAAGUGUGGAUAAUAAGACUAAAAGAAUGUUACGGGUAUUUGCUGGGCUUGUACUGGAGUAUUCUUUUAGCUCUAAAGCACCUCCUCUCACAGUUCUAUAUGUACAAUUUAGCAGAAGCAUUAUGAUGUAAUUUAAUUCAAGUGUUUCUGUGUUUUAAGCAUUGAAAUAUAAUUAAACUAUUUACAUGAAA